AUGAACUCAACUAACGAAACAUUCCACUUCUUGGGAACUGAGGUUACCGUGGAACCAGCUGCUUCCACUCAGACUCAACGGUUUUUUGUUACAUUAACCAUUUUUACGAUCUCCCUGAUUGGCUUGAUCGGAAAUCUCGCCGUUUUCAUGUUUGCAACAACUCUGAAAACUCUUCAAAACUCAUUCGGCCGUCUGUCAGCAUCUCAAUCAUUUGCUGAAGCUGUCCUUUGUGCAGUAUUCCUGUGUUUCUAUUGCCCAAUGGUCUUAUUAGACAUUCCCUCGUUCAAAAUCGUCUCCGCCCACGCAGGACUAAUCCUUCUGUUCUGUUAUGAUGUCUGCAUCUUCUCUCAUUUGUUCAUUGCCUUCAAUCGUCUCUGUGCCAUUUCCUUCCCUAUAGAAUACAGCAACAUCUUCAACGAUCGAAACACCCGAAUCCUAAUUAGUCUCGCCUACGCGAUCCCCUGCUUUACUUCUAUCUAUAUGCAUCUAGCAAAUAAAUGUCUACUUCCAUACGUUGACUUCGGUUGGUAUUUCGGUGUGAACACCUCUGCAGAUUGUGACGUCAUCCGAUUCUAUGUAGAUUUCUGCAAGGAUUUCGGUGUAGUGGCUGCUAUUGCUAUCGUUGAUGUUGGAACUAUUGUGAUGAUCAAAGUGACAGCGCCCGGAAUGAGACAAAUGUCUGCCAACUGUCUGCAAAGUCAAAAGAAAAGAGAGCGAGAGAUUACUUUCGUAAAACAAUGCCUCAUUCAAGGUGCCGUAUUUGCUACAGAACUUGUGUUCUUCUUCAUCAUCUCAACAAUGCAAACCCGACCUGUCAUGAUAUUCCUUUGUACUACUGUUGCAUGGAGUCUUGUCCAUACAAUCGAUCCACUGGUUCUGAUUCUUUUAAACCGAGAAUUCAGAAACAUGCUGAUGAAGAAUCCGAUUGGAAGAGGACGGACCACCAGAGUCACUUACUCCACACAACCCAUUGACAACACGAGCUCCCAUAAUUGA